AGCCUAGCAGACGAUGUCGUCGUGUGCAUAACUUGAUUGGAAGGUUCCGUAAAUUUUAAGAUACAUUUGAAAAAUUCAUAGAUCUGAAACUAAGAUUAUGAAUUUGAAGCGAUUUUGUCGGUUCAAUAUACUUUCAAACUUUAAGUUAAUGACAAUCUUAAGUCUUGUAGGAUGUAUUAUUAUUCUAUGGUUUUUAUCAUCUAAAAAGAAGGUAAUUGAAAUCGUUGUUAAUACUGACAACGUACCGAUUGCAAACCCUCACAAUGUGGUUGAAGAAAAAGAGAUCGCUGCUUCUCCAGAAAUACCUUCACAUUUUGUUUUUAAAUCCAAGCUGAAUCAAAAUAGUUUUGAGCCCUUUAAACCUCAAUUCUCAUCUUAUGCGGAAGCAUUAAAGUAUAUAGCAAUUGAGCAUAAUCAUAGAAAAACUGUCAUCAUAAGCACAGCAGAUGCAGGCUAUUUAGAUAUGACUUUAAAUUUUUUCAUUGGAUCAAUUAAAAGACACGGAUUAACGAAUUUUCUUAUGCUGUGUAUUCAAAGAGAAAGCUGUGAUAUUUUCCGAAACCACGGUAUACCAGUUUAUUACUAUUCUACUGAAAAUGCUGGUGGAUCAGCUAGCCGAUACAAUAGUCCAGAAUUCCGUAGAAAGACUCACAUUAAAACCAGGAUUGUUCUUGAUGCUUUAAAGUUAAACUACACUGUUGUUUUGUCAGAUGUAGAUAUUUUUUACGUAAAAAACCCACUUGAGCACUGGCCUUGCCCUGAUUGCGAUUUACAAGUAAGCAGCGAUUACGUGGAGGCUAAUAGUGGUUUUUACUUGGUUAAGGCAAAUGCUGCCGGUAAACUACUUCACGAAGAAAUGCUGAAAAGAGUUAGACCUAAUAAUUCAAAUCAGAAAACACUUAAUCCAGCAAUGAAGCACCUAAAAACUCAUGGAAAACUAAGAUAUCAUACUUUAAACAAUGUUAAAUGGCCUUGCGGAAUCGUUUAUUGGGAAAAUGAGAAAAGAAUGUGGUACACUGAUAAAUUUACACCAGAGCAUGUUUUGAUUCACAACAAUUGGAUAGAGACUUCUGAAGCGAAAAUUUACCGAUUUAAGGAACAUCAAAUGUGGUAUUUGGACAAAGAUAAGUACUAUUCGAAUGGAGAGGCCAAAUAUAUGACUUACUCUAAUCCAUUUAACUUCGAGAAAAAAACUCGUGGAAUAGAAGGAGACGCUCUUGCUGAUGCUAUUGGAAUAGCUAUGGCUCUAAAACGAAUAUUGAUAUUACCGAAGUUUCAUUGUGAUGGAUGUAAAUAUUCUGCAUGCAAGUCCCCGUCGAGACUUUGUGCUUUAAACGUCAGAUUUCAUUUACAAGAGUUUGAUAGGGAAUUUAAAAGUAUGUACCGAGAGCACGUAUUCUUAGAUCAUCCCUUUGUUCCUUCAAAUAUUAAAAAUUCUCAGUCAAAAGAAUUAUUGAUAGAAACGGACGAUUUGAAGCAUAACAAUUUUUCUGAUAUACCAUAUGGGAAGAAUCGCCGUUUUAAACCAAAAGAUACUGCGAAAGGUGCAACUUCUGACGAAAUUAUUGCGUGGUUUGACUCUGAAGAAUUCCGACACAUUUCUGUUUUACAUUUUAGGAUGAUGUAUAAUGCAUUUAAAGGGUUCACUGAUUCACAAGAAAAUAAUAAAUACAAAGAGAAAAUUCGACGUGGCCUUGUGAAAGGUGGAUAUAGACAAUACAGAUGGGAAAAUUAG